AUGGAUGCGUUUUCUCGUUCCAAUGCUUUGUAUGAAAUGUCGUUGCCAAUUGGAUACGCUGCAAUUGGAGUGAAGAAUUGGUCGAAUAAAUUUAUGUAUAUAGGUCCUAGGGCACGUCGGAUACGGACAAAGAAAGACCGCAAGGCUGAAGAAAAGCGCCCAAGGACGGCCUUCACCUCGGAGCAAUUGGCCCGGUUAAAAACCGAGUUCACGGAAAACCGCUACCUAACGGAGAAACGCCGCCAAGAUCUUGCGCGUGAGCUGCAACUACACGAGAAUCAAAUCAAGAUUUGGUUUCAAAACAAGAGAGCGAAGAUUAAAAAGGCUUCAGGACAAAAGAACCCGUUGGCACUGCAGCUCAUGGCCCAGGGCCUCUAUAAUCACUCUACUAUGGCAAUGGACGAGGACGAAGAAGACGAUGACGAUAUGAUGCAACACCAAGAAUAA